CUGUCUCUCUCACUAGCAAAAGUGGGGUUUUGAAUUAAGCUUUGCGGGCGGGCGAGCGAAGUCAGGAGCAUUCAGAAAUCCAAAUGGAGGAACAGGAAGCUGCCGGAGCCGAAUCACAGGAGGGUUUGGAAGGCAAAGACCAAGACCUUCAUGUGGUUCAGAUUGGGACCGCCGGGGAAUUGCUGGAGGGGGCUGUGCCCCCUCAGCAGUUUAAGCAGGAGCCGGAGGACCAGUGCUGGGAGAACCAAUUACAAGACUUCCUGAAGACCAUGCAGCCUUCCCGUUCGGGGUGGAGGAACCCCCGGUCCCCUCAUUAUAUGCUAGGGGAAGACCCCAAGUAUUGUCCAACCUCCUUCAAGAGAGGGGAAGAAGACAACAACCAGUGGCCCAAAGUAGAGUGCGUAUCUGAAAGCUCACUGGGUGAUAGUAAGCCCUACGGGAGUAGCCAGGAUUCUACCGUGAAGGUGAAGGAAGAGGUCCUGGAUGAGGAUGCCGUCCACGUGGAGGUGCGGAGGCAACGUUUCCGUCUUUUCUGCUAUGAGGAAGCCGAAGGGCCGCGAGAGGUUUGUAACCAGCUCUGGGAGCUCUGCCAUCAGUGGCUCAGGCCAGAGACCCACACGAAGGAGCAGAUCCUGGAGUUGCUUAUCCUGGAGCAGUUCCUGACUGUCCUGCCCCCCGAGAUGCAAAGCUGGAUACGGGAACAGGGGCCGGAGACCUGCACACGGGCCGUCGCCCUGGCCGAACGUUUCUUGCAAGACUCCGAAGAGCCGGAGCAGAAGGUGCAGGGAACGAGCAAGAAGAGGAAGAGGAGGAGGAAUUCCAGCCCAAGCAUCCUGAACCAACAGUUAGUGGUGGGUUAUCCCUGGAAAGAGCAACAGGGAAGGGUUUCCAAAGCUCCGAGUCGGACGAGAACUCCGAAGGUCCCUCCGAAAACCAUCCUGGAAAGAUGACCAAACGCUUUGAGGAGAGCAGCAGGGGUGCACGCGAAACCUCCUUUCAGGAAGGGAUUUCCCGGCAUGUUGACUCGGGGGAAAGUUCCUGCAAAAGUUUUGGCCCUCAGGAAAUUCAGCCGAUAGAGAAACCCCACAAGUGCUCGUUCUGCGGGGCCAGUUUCUACGAGAGAACUCACCUCAUCAUUCAUGAGAGGAUCCACACCGGAGAGAAGCCCUACAAGUGUUCGGUCUGCGAGACGUGGUUCUCUCAUCCCUCUGAGCUGAUGCGGCAUGAGGAGACCCACAUGCCCGAGAAGCCGCACAAAUGCGCUGUCUGCGGCAAAAGCUUCAACCAGAAAGCCUCCCUCAUCACCCAUGAGAGGACGCACACAGGGGAGAAGCCCUACGAGUGCUCCGAGUGCGGGAAGAGCUUCAGCACCAGCUCCCAGCUCAUCACCCAUAAGAGGGUCCAUACGGGGGAGAAGCCCUACAGUUGUUCCUACUGCGGGAAGAACUUCAACCAGAAGGCCUCCCUGAUCACGCACAAGCGGACGCACACGGGUGAGAAGCCCUACGAGUGCACCCUCUGCGGGAAGAGCUUCAGUGCUUGCUCCCAGAUCAUCAACCACAUCCGGGUCCACACGGGAGAGAAGCCCUACGAGUGCCUGGAGUGCGGGAAGCGUUUUGGCAGCAGCUCCCACCUGACGGAUCACAAGCGGACGCACACGGGCGAGAAGCCAUACAAGUGCCCCGACUGCGGGAAGAACUUCAGCCGGAGUUCCAAUCUUACCGCUCACAGCCGGAUCCACACAGGAGAGAAGCCAUAUAUAUGCUCAGGUUGCGGCAAGAGCUUCAGGCAAAAGGCCUCCCUCAUCACACACAAGAGGACUCACACGGGGGAGAAGCCCUUCGAAUGCGCCGAGUGCGGGAAAAGUUUCAUUUCCAGUUCUCGUCUCGUCAGCCAUAAACGGGUCCACACGGGGGAGAAACCCUACGAAUGCUUAGAGUGCGGGAAAUGCUUUAUCUCCAGCUCCCACCUUCUAAGCCAUAAAAGGGUCCAUACGGGAGAGGAACCUUUGAAAUGCUCGUAGAGCACAAAGCAUUGCCGAUAUGCCCCCCCGGGCUGGCUUCUAUGUGACUCUGGCGGGGAAUCCUAUAUUUCCGGGACGGCGUAGCAUCUGUAGCUCUGAAGGCCGUUCCAUUUCCUCGAUGUACCAUUGAAAAGUUUUGUUUAUUAGUUUUAAAGAACUUUUUUUUUAUAAGCCCAGGGAUGCUCUUGCAAGAUCUACUUUCUGCUUUUCUCGAUAAGGCCAGCUGACAUGCACUCUGGCCAAUACGUAUCUCUGUGCACCUCAGCACGUAGAAGAUGCAGGCUUGGCUUGCGUGAACAGUGCUCUCCACUUCCUGAAAGAGGCAGAAGGGAUCGUGCAUGGAUGUAAACACCAAGUACACAGGAUACUUUCCAAGCUGGUGAGACCAAAGGAUUGACUCAAAAAACAAAAACAAAAAGCCUGCCUCACAGUGUCCCACAUGGCAGCUCUGCCAGUCUCAGCAGCUCAUAGUGUGAACCAGCCUUGCUAAAAGAUAGAGCAGUGUUGGGCAACUUAGACCCUUUUUUAUGACAAUAAACUUCAACUCCCAGAAUUCUGAGGCAGCCAUGCUGGCUCAGGAAUUCUGGGAGUUGAAGUCCACAGGCCAUAAUGAAGGGAUAGCUGCCCAUCCUUGAGAGAGAGAAUAGCUGAGGGGAAAUUUGAUCAUUAGAAAAUGAAGAGAUUUUUUUUUCCAGACCCUGUGUCUUUUUCCCUGCCUGCCAUCAAGAGAGCUUCCCCCUGUUUUCCCUAUCAGAGAGAACCCGAAAAGGUCCCUGAGCAGUCACUGCUCCGAAUAUUGUAAAAGAUGUAGGAAAUACUUAAACCUGUUGUAUAUUUUACACCCCUGAACAAAGCGUUCUCUGGUGAUUUCCCCCUUUCUGCCACAAAACUUUUAAAAUGUAAAAUGUAAUUGUAAAUUACAAUUGUAAAAUGUGGCCCGAAUAGAUGCAGAGAACACCUCAAGGCUGGGUUCACACAACACUCUAAACCAAUGUUUCUCAACUUUAAUAUGUGUGGACCUCAACUCCCAGAAUUCUAAGCAAUGGCGGUGCUGACUGGAGGAUUCUGGGAAUUGAAGUCCACACAACUUAAAAGUGGCCACGUUUGAGAAACUAAAGUUAGCUAAAGCCUAACUUCAGGUUGAUGAAGCACAUUUGCUCAAUCUUAUUCACCUAACACACUAAACGAGUAACUGUAGCUUAAUGAGAUGGCCCAGUUCACUCAACUCUCCAAAACAAAGAGAGUCCUUGACUUAACAACCAUAAUGGAGCCUCCCCAUCAUUGUCAUAAAUCAUGAAAAUUGUAAAACAAUUUUAUGGCCUUUUUUGCAUAAAGUAACCACUAUGAUAAUUAAGAAAAUACUGGGGACUUUAAACAAACCAAUCUUUACUAUGGGCAUGGUUUUCAGCAAAACUGUGGUAAAAUGUGGUCACAUGACAUUACAAAUGGCCUAGAUGCAGCCUUGUUGCUAAGCACCCAAAGUUUGGUCAGGUGGCUUCUGGAGGGGGGCAGCCAUCAAAACUUUGAAUUUGGGUCAUAGGUUGCAAGACAGGCCCAUCUAAACUUUGAAUGGUCACUAAGCAACCGGCUGUUUGUUAUGCAAACAGAGCCAAGAUCAAGAAAACUCCUAGGAUACUUGGGCUCUUGCAAUUGGCUGCUCUUGUAUCUCUUAUGCAGGGCUGGGCAACUAUGGCCCCUUUAUGACCUGUGAACUUCUGGCUGGCUCAGGAAUUCUGGGAGUUGAAGUCCACAGAUCAUAAAGGAGCCCACCCCUGCCCUUACACGUCAGCAUUGCAGUUCUGUAAUGUUUGGGGACUUACGGACGGAGAUGCCAUCAAGCUAUGUUUGAUGGAUGAUGGGAAGCAGAACGCAGGAGUAGAUGGCCUUGAACUUGCAAAGCCCCUCUUCUUAAUUUCUAUCACCUCUCCAUAUACAUGGUAUGUGGGGCCGUGCUGUAUACAAAAUGGGAAUCAGGGGAGACAUGCUUACCAAAAAGUUUGUGCAAGAGAGAAUUUUAGGAGUAUGUUGUGUUUUGGAGAAAGAAAGAAAAAUAAACCCCAUUCUCACACAGUUCACACAUGCGUGGGCAGCAGACUUGAGCAAUGUUCUCAUUGCAAAACAUGGGGGAAGAGAUACGAGGCGGUGAUAUCUGGUCUCUAGUAAACCAUUUCACCCUUAUUUAAAGCUUCCUGCAUUCAGCCAAGCAUGUAGUUUGCAUGUCUGAACUGCUCCAGGGGGUGUUCUGUUUAUGUUCCCCCCACCCCAUGCAUGUGGGAAAAUAGGGAAGAGAGGGGUCUGGAUCCAUUGGAAAGAAAGGAACUUAUAGACAAAUAGGAAGGAAGAAGCUGGGGUGUGCUUAUGUCAGUAUCAAAUGGGUGUGAUGGAAAGGGCAACAUACACUGGAUAUAGAAAUUCUGCACACCCCUGUUAAAAUGCCAGAUUUUUGAGAUGUAAAAAAAUCAGACCAAGAUAAAUCAUUUCAGAAUUUUUUGUCAAACCUUUAAUAUAACAUAUUAGCUGUAUAAUUCAUUUCGAAAAGCAAGGCAAAAUUAUUUAGUGGGAGGAAAAUAAAAAUAAAAAACCAGAAUAAUGUUCACACCCUCUUGUAAGUAGGGAUGUGGCUAUGUUCAGAAGUAACCAAUCACAAUUCAAACUGAUGUUAAAUAGUAGUCAUACAUAUCUGCCAUCAAUUAAAAUGACUCUGAUCAAGGCCAUUCAUGUCCAGCUGUUCUAAUAGGAUUUUUUGAGAUGUUUACUCAAUGGCCUCUUACAGCAAAAGCUUUGGCCUACAGAAGAGCUUAUAAAGCAUCAAAGGGACCUUUUGUUGGAAGGUAUCAGGGAACAAAUACAAAAAAACAUUUCCAAGGCAUUGGAUGUACCAUGGAGCACAGUGAAGACAGCCAUCAACAGGGGAGAAAAUAUGGUAACAACAACAGAGUCAUUACCAGGAAAUGGAUGCCGUUUCAAAUUUGAUGAGAAGACUAAUCUGAGAAGCUGCCAGAAGGCCUACAAGCAACAUUAAAGGAGCUGAAGGAAUUUCCGACAAGUCCUGGUUGUGUACCACAUGGGAAAACAACUGUUACUUUUGACAAAAAAAAGAAUCAGUCAUCAACACCGCAGUCAGCAUCUUAAAAAUCCACAUGCAACAGGCACCAUAUAAACACCACACACAGAACAGUCUAAAGUACACACUCUACUAGGGUGAAGUUCCCUGAAGAUGGGCUCUGAAAGCCUUGGAUGGAAAACUAAACUGGUCCCAGUGACUGACCCAGAUUGGAUCCUCCCAACAGUAUCCUGGGAUACGUGUACUCUCUCAACAUUCGUCAUAUGUCUGGAUAGGGUGGCAAGAUGGAAGCCUUUCCUUAUUUAAAAAUAAUAAUAAAUCCCCCGUCUAAACCUGACUCUAUUUUGCGAAAAUCCACAUUUAUCUGACAAAAGCGUGUGAGGAAAAUGUGUUCUGGUCCGAUGAGAUCCAAGGUUGAACCUUUUGGCCAUUAAUUGCAAAAAGAUAUGGCGCAAAAACAACACUGCACAUUAUUAGCAAAAGCACGAUGGUGGCCGCUUUAGGCUUUGGGCCUGCUUUUCUUCAGCUGGAGCUGGGGCUUUAGUCAAGACAGAGGGAAUUGUGAGCAAUUCCAAAUGUCAAGUCUAUUUUGGCACAAAAUCUUCAGACCUCUGCUAAAAUACUGAAGUUGAAGGUGAUUUUUUUGCCUUCCAACGCAAUGAUGAUCCAAAGCAUUCCUCUAAAUCAAUCAAAGAAUGGCUCCACCAGAAGAUCCAAGUUUUGGAAUGGCCCACGCCUGAAUCCAAUUGAAAAUGUGGGAGGUAACUUGGAGAGGAUUAGCCACAGGAGAUGCCCUCACAAUCCGACAGAGUAGGAACACACUUUCAAGGAAGAGUGGGCGAAGAUUGCCAAGGCAAGAUGUGCCGCUCCUUCCCCCAAAGACUGCAUGCUGUCAAGAGAAUCAAAAGGUGCAUCAACAAAGUAUUAGCUUAAAGGUGUGCAUCUUUACGCAACUGUGUUGUACAUUUUUAAUGGUUAAUUUGCCCUUUAGAAGUUUUCCGAUCGAAUUGUGCAGCUCGCAUGUUACAUUAAAGGUGGAAAAAAUCCAGAA